AUGGCACACUACUAUCAACACUCUGAUUUAUUUCCGUAUAGACCAAUAGAUCCCAUUUGGAUCAUUGUUUAUACACUACCAUCAUUUAUAUUUUUUAUUAUUAUACAAAAUUACACGACUAAAUAUGGUAUUAAACAAAUAAGAAUAAAAAAAAAUAAAAUUGAUGAAACAGUAUUAAUUAAUGAAAAAUUAGAACAUUCAUCAUUUAAAACACAACGACAAAUUAAAUGGAUUUAUCAGAAUACAUUUUUAAGUUUUAUACAUUCAACUAUAUGUGGUUUACUAUUAUUUAUUUCUGUAUAUCAAGCAUCAGAAAUAUUUAAAGAUCCAUUAUCACAUACAAAUGAAUUUAAUUAUACACUUCUCUGUUUUUCAUUAGGCUAUUUUUUUUAUGAUAUGUAUGAUUGUCUACUAUAUUCACCAAAAAAUUAUCCAAUUAUUGCUCAUCAUAUAGCUGUUAUUAUCUAUAUAUUACAUUCAUUAAUAUAUACUCGAAAUAUUGGUUAUACAAUAUUUGCAUUAUCAAUGGAAAUUAAUAGUAUAUUUUUACAUGCACGAAGAUUAUUAAAUUGGUCAACAAUAUUUAAUAAACAAUAUCAAUUAAUAUUUAUUAUUAAAUCAUUAAAUUAUUUAACAUUUCUUAUAUUUCGUUUUGGUAAUUUAAUAAAUGCUAUGUAUAAUCUAUAUAUUCAACGUCAUCGUUUAACAAGGAAUUAUCUUGUAUUUAAUAUUACUGCCGUUUUAUUUAUGGGAAUGUUGAAUAUAAUCUUAUUUUAUAGAUUAAUUCAAAGUGAUUUAGAUAUUCAAAAACAAAAAAAAAGAAAAGAUUAA